CCCUACCUGUGAGCAACCCACCAGCAACAGCAUACCCCUACAAGCUUUUAGUACCAUGAGUAAUCGCGCGGUCUCCCGCGGUGUAGCAACCUCAACGGUGGCGCCGCCCCAAUCGCAAGCGCGCCGGACCACGGGCUGUGCAAGCGGCAACGUGCGCCACAACACGCGAGGUGCCGCUCGUUCAGCACGACGUGCUGCGCCUUCUGCGCCAGAACAGGAGGAAGAGGAGGAAGAGGAAGAAGAGGAAGGAGAGGAAGAAGAGGAGGAAGCUGCCAACCCUGGCGAUAGUAGCGAAUAUGAUGAUGAUGGCAGCAGCAGCAGCGAAAGUAGCAGUGACAGCGACGUGGAGGUGGUGCCACCUCGUGGCGCUGCCAGGACUGCAGCUCAGCCAGCCGCGGCCGAACCUCCCGCCAAAAAGGCCCGAGCGAGCUCCAGCGCCAAGGCCAAGUCAUCAAAGAGUGCCUCCAUCUGGGCGGACUUCAAGCUUGACCCAGCGGACAACAACUUUGCGUUUUGCAAGAUCUGCCCUCGUGGAGCAAAACAUAAGGGACGUUUUGUAGGGCGUGUGGGGGUUGCUGGCGGCAGCACCUCCGCCAUGCACAAGCACAUGAACGGAUCUCACGGCGGGGUGAUGGCGUCUCGUCAGGAGGGGUCGGGCGGGACCAAGGGCCAGCAGCGUCUGGACGGCAAGGUUAUCGUUGCACCUAACUUCCUUCGCGAGUCCAUCUUCUGGAUGCUCAUGACUUACUCGUCGCUCCGGAGCCUUGAGAACCCCUGGUUUCGGAGGAUGAUUGCGUCCAUAUCCCCGAACGUCAAAACGACAUCGCGGUGCAUGAUCUACGAGGAGAUGAACAAGAUGGAGGUGAGUGACAUACCACAGAUGCACUAGUGUACAUCAGGGUGGAAAACGAAACACGUUCCGAACUGCACCUGGCCUCGCGGCCCUUUCACCUUUCUGCAUUAUGGGUGUAUAGUGUUUGGAUAGGGUUAGUCGUUACGAUCACUAGGUUUGCGUCGAAAGCGGAGGAGAGAGACGGCGCGGCGCCGAUGUCGUGAAAGCAUGAAAUGCUUUGGCCAAUCACACACGCAGUACACAAC